GUUGUAACUAACUAUAUAAGAUCCAGAGUCCUACUCUCAUUUAGGACAUGUAUGAUGCCAGUAAAUCUAUGUCUCUCAUGGUACUCAUAGACAAACAGUUUGGCCUUCAAUAAGAAGAACUCUUGUGUGCGAAGGAGGUACAGUGAGUUUGUAUGGUUGAGGCAGAAGCUGCAGGAGAAUGCCUUGCUUGCAACUAAGAGGCCCAAACCUGUUCCAGCAUGACAAUGUCCCUGUGCAUAAAGCAAGGUCCAUAAAGACAUGCUUUGCGAAGGUUCCUGUGGAAGAACUUGAGUGGCUGCACAGACCCCUGACCCCAACCCCACUGACCAAUUUUGGGAUGAAUUGGAACAUCAACUGCACACCAGGUGUUCUCACCAAAAUUCAGUACCAAUGCUCUUGAUCCCUAAAUGGCACAAAUCCCCACAGCCACACUCCAAGUUCUAGUGGAAAGACUUCCCAGAAGAGUGACGGCUGUUAGAGAAGCAAUGAGGGGACCAACUCCAUAUUUACACCAUGGUUUUGGAAUGGGAUGUUCAAGAAGAACAUAUGGAAUCAAUCUACCUGAGCUUCCCCCAAAGAACCCAUUCUUCAGCCUCAACAAUGCCAGACAGAUCACUGCUCGCAUGGAAGGACUAAGGCACUUCCUGGAAGAGAUCAUGCGCAACCCAGUGUUGCUGUCUGAUAGCUGUCUGCACCUCUUCCUGCAAUCUCAGCUGAGUGUAAGGAAUAUUGAGGCCUGUGCUGAGGGCAGAAAAAACUACACUGUCACUGAGGCCAUUCAGAGAUCUGGCGCCCAGGCACAACGUUUUGGCUCUGAAGAAACCUCACAAGAAGAGAGAGAAUCUGACUCUGAAUGACUGGCUUUUGUAACAUUUAUUUUGGUCAUGGCUGUUGAUUUAUCUCUGUAAAAAAAAACAACAAACAAA